AGAGGUCCGCGUCGUGGGCCCUCCCCCUCGCCUGCCAGCUCCGGUCCCGCCCCCGGAGCCGCGUCCGCUCACUCUGCUCCGGGCAGAGCAACUGCCGCGGGCGCACGACCAGGGCGCGGGGCCUCGGGGCAAGCGGCCCAUGGAGUCGGGGCUGCUGCGUCCGGCGCCGGUGAGCGAGGUCAUCGUCUUGCAUUACAACUACACGGGCAAGCUUCGUGGCGCGCGCUACCAGCCAGGCGCGGGGCUGCGUGCCGACGCCGUCGUGUGCCUGGCGGUGUGCGCCCUCAUCGUGCUCGAGAACUUGGCGGUGCUGUUCGUGCUGGGGCGCCACCCGCGCUUCCACGCGCCCAUGUUCCUGCUCCUGGGCAGCCUGACGCUGUCCGACCUAAUGGCGGGCGCGGCUUAUGCCGCCAACAUCCUGCUGUCGGGGCCCCUCACGCUGCGCCUGUCGCCCGCGCUCUGGUUCGCCCGUGAAGGUGGCGUCUUCGUGGCGCUCGCCGCGUCCGUGCUGAGCCUCCUGGCCAUCGCGCUCGAGCGCCGCCUCACCAUGGCCCGCCGAGGACCCGCGCCCGCCGCGCGUCGGGGCCGCUCGCUGGCCAUGGCGGCCGCCGCCUGGGGCGUGUCGCUGCUGCUCGGACUGCUGCCGGCGCUCGGCUGGAAUUGUCUGGGCCGCCUGGACACCUGCUCCACCAUCCUGCCGCUCUACGCCAAGGCCUACGUGCUCUUCUGCGUGCUCGCCUUCCUCGGCAUCCUGGCCGCCAUCUGCGCGCUCUACGCGCACAUCUACUGCCAGGUGCGCGCCAACGCGCGGCGCCUUCGGGGACGCCCGGGGACCGCGAGGGGCGCCCCGGGCCGCGCACGCCGCACGCCGCGCUCGCUGGCGCUGUUGCGCACGCUCAGCGUGGUGCUCCUGGCCUUCGUGGCGUGCUGGGGCCCCCUCUUCCUGCUGCUCUUGCUCGACGUGGCGUGCCCCGCGCGCGCCUGCCCCGUGCUCUUGCAGGCCGACCCCUUCCUGGGCCUGGCCAUGGCCAACUCGCUCCUGAACCCCAUCAUUUACACGCUCACCAACCGAGACCUGCGCUUCGCUCUCUUGCGCCUGGUCUGCUGCGGCCGCCGCCCCUGCCACAGAGGGCAGGACGCCUCCCAGGGCUCCGGGAGCCCCGCUGGGGCUUCGGAAGGCCUGAACCGCUGGCUGCCCCCUGGCUUGGAUGGCAGCUCCAGCCGCUCCGAGCGCUCGUCCCCGCAGCGGGACGGGCUGGACACGAGCGUCUCCGCUGGCGGCCCUGGGGCGCCCAUAACCUCCCGGACCCUGGUACCUGCACCGGCCGCCGACUGAUGCCCUUUGGCCUGCCGUUACCCUCCCUCAGGGCCGUUUGGCAGACUUUUUCUUUUUAAAUAAGGAAUUGGUAGGAAAAGCAGCUGAAGAUGGUGGCGGCAGAAGAGACAAAGGGAAACGUGUUUUAUUUAUGCUAAACCUCAGAGCAGUAAGUGAAACACAAAAAUCAGCGGCCCUCGUGGCAUUGACAUCCUGAUGGGGAACACAGGCAAUAACAGAGUGAAGAAAUCAUGGAGGGAAUUGCAGCUACAAUACAGUGAUGCCAUCCAUGGUGGUCAGGGGAUGCUCCGCUGCAGAAGUGUGACAUAUACCGUAAGCUGAGCCGUCAUUGCCCUGGGAACACUUGAAAGAAGAGCGUUGCAGGGUGAGGGAACAGCAGUGCAAAGGUCCUGAGGCCAGAACAUGCCUGUGCCUUCUCAGAAAAGCAAAGAUCUCCUCGUGGCUGGAGCAACAACGGAGGGGGGGUGGUGGGAGGAAACAAAGGCAGGAAUAUGAUGGGGCAGAGUGGGCAGAGCCUUGUGGGCUCCGUGGAGGACUUUGCUUUUACUCUGAGUGAAGUGGGAGGCAGAUGUUGGACUUGAUUUGCUUGAGAUGUUCACAGAUCUCUGUAAGGGGGAAGGUCGAAGCUAGAACAAGGUGAAAGUGCCUGCACUGGCCCAGAGGAGCAACGAUAGGGGCUCAGGCUAUGUGGACAGAAUUACUGAGGAAUUGAGUGUAGGCAUGAGAUAAA